UUUGAGUAGUAAUUUUUUAAGAUGGCGACGAAAAAAACGCGUCUUGUGUGAUUGUAAUCAUAACAAUAUUAUUUUUACGCAAAUACUAUGUCGGGAAAUUGUUAAAAACUACAUAAAACUGUUCGCUAAUAUCGAAUUUAUAAAUUAAAAGUGAAAUAGUUUGUUAAUUAAAUGUGAAAAUGGCCACAAACAUGUAUCGAGUAGGAGACUACGUUUACUUUGAAACAUCUUCGUCAACUCCUUACCUUAUACGUAGAAUAGAAGAAUUAAACAAAAAUCAAACUGGAAAUGUAGAAGCCAAAGUAAUGUGCUUCUAUAGACGCAGAGACUUGCCCAAUCCCCUUGUGCAAUUGGCGGAUAAACAUCAAUUGGCAACAGCCGAAGAUUCACCACUGGCGAUGAAACUAAAGAAGACUUGGCUUCGAACACCAGUUGGAGAAGAACAAGCGGCACAAGCUGUCUUAGAUCCGUCCAUAGCAUCUUUGGAUGAGGAUCGAACUAGUCCGAUUGGUACAUCAGCGGCAAAUAUCAUAUCGGAAAAAAAUAAUGAAUCGCUGUCAUCGAAACAACGUCACCAAAUAAAACAUCGAGAAUUAUUUUUAUCCCGACAAGUUGAAACAUUGCCCGCCACCCACAUAAGAGGAAAAUGCUCCGUAACAUUAUUAAAUGAAACGGAAUCGCUCAACAGUUAUCUUAAUAAAGACGAUACAUUUUUUUAUUGUUUGGUUUUUGAUCCAAAUCAAAAAACAUUGCUUGCGGACAAAGGUGAGAUACGUGUUGGAAGCCGAUAUCAGAGUGAGAUUCCUGGUAAAUUAAAAGAUGUACAAUUGGAUGAGCGAAAGCUAGAAGAUCUUGAAACCCUUGUAUGGACACCAAAUCACAAUCUAACUGAUAGGAAAAUAGAUCAAUUUUUGGUUGUUUCUCGGUCUAUUGGAACAUUUGCCCGCGCAUUAGACUGUAGUAGUUCAGUGAAACAGCCUUCCUUGCAUAUGUCAGCGGCUGCUGCCAGUAGGGAUAUCACCUUAUUUCAUGCCAUGGAUAUUCUUCAUAAGCACAAUUACUCUAUGGAAGACGCAAUGUGCUCAUUAGUUCCUUCCACGGGUCCAGUGCUCUGUAGGGACGAAAUAGAGGACUGGAGUGCAUCUGAGGCUAAUUUAUUUGAAGAGGCACUAGAUAAAUAUGGAAAAGACUUCAACGAUAUUCGACAGGAUUUCCUUCCUUGGAAGACUCUUAAACAGAUAGUAGAAUAUUACUAUAUGUGGAAGACCACAGAUAGAUAUGUGCAACAAAAGCGUGUGAAAGCUGUGGAAGCCGAAUUAAAGCUCAAGCAGGUUUACAUUCCACAAUAUACGAAAAGUAAUCCGGCGAUGAACACUGUCAAAGGUGGAAUUUUCAAUGGAACCACGACUAAUGGUGGAACUGAUUUGUCUAAUAAUGGAAAACCAUGUGAAUCUUGCUCAAGUGUUGCAUCUGCUCAGUGGUAUCCUUGGGGACCCUCUCAUAUGACAUGUCGAUUGUGUCAGAACUGCUACAAUUACUGGAAGAAAUACGGUGGUUUAAAAAAUGCAACGAGAUUAGCCGAGGGAAGUGACACAGAAGUUAAAAAGAAACAACCCACACCUGCUACAACACCUCUUGGACCCAUCACCCCCACCCCAGUUAUUGUCCCUGAAACUGUUAUAGUGGAUGAUGAGAAAGUCAGCGAUCUUUCUAGUCGUCAGUGUCACAAGUGUUCAAUUGUGAGCUGCGGCAAAGAAUUCAAAUUGAAAACUCAUUUAGCGCGGCACUAUGCUCAAGCGCAUGGUAUUGCUAUAAGCUCUGGUUCACCGCGUCCCAUAAUGAAAACUCGCACUGCUUUUUAUCUCCACACAAAUCCUAUGACGCGUUUUGCUCGAAUUUUAUGCAGGAAAUUUAUCAAAACUAAAAAAGCCGCUCGGCAGACAUCAUUUGCAAUAAAUACAAUGCUGAUUAAGCAUGAAUUUAAUUUACGUUUGACUGGAAAAUCUCAUUUGGAUAUAAAGAACAUUUUAUUAGCUAAGAAGAGGGAUAGAAUAAGUGUGACGAAAAUUGCUAAUCGUUUAGGAUCUCCAGGCCCCGGGCCACACGAGUGGCUGAUAUUAACGCCCAAAGACAAAUUGCCGAAACCUGAUUUGGUGGCAUUUCCAAAGCCUCCAAAAGCACCCGAUGGGUCUUUACUUUAUGAACGUAUACCGAAUAAGGUUAUUGAACUUGAUAAGGACAUAACAAUUAUACCACCUACAUUGAUACGCAAGCGACCAAUCGAAGAAAUGAAUGGCGCCGAUGUUACAAUUAUACAAGGGCCUCCACCAAAACGGCCAAAUAAGGAUCCAAUGCCAUCGCAUUGUCCUAGUCCUGAACAGUUCGCUGCAAUGAUGGCAGCUUCUGGGCAGCCGUUAGCUAGACACCAUUUAAAUGGAAAACCAAAAAUCACACAAAUGUCAAGAACUGGGUCUGGCCGAAAGCAAGUGAUCAGUUGGAUGGAUGCUCCAGAUGAUGUAUAUUUCAGAGCCACCGAUACAAGCAAAAAGGCUAGAAAAGUAUUGUCCGUAGUGGAGCUUCGGCGAGCUGCUCGCAAACCAUGGCGAAAUCUACCCAUCAAACCAAUUGUACCCAGACCAAUUGAUCCACAGGUUGUGAUACUAGACUGACCUAUAUCGACAGAGCAUCAACAGCCCUAUCCGUAUACAAUGGACGCACUUCUGAAUUAAACAAAACAAACAAAAAUUAUAUCCUAACUAACUAUUGUUUUAUGCCCUCAAUCAAAAUUAUUAAUCUCGCAUGAACUUCAUUCGAAUUAAUUAAUGCGAUUGAAAGUAUCAAUACAUACAAGUUAGUUUUUUAAAAGCCAUCCCUUGGUAGAUUCUGCAAAUUGUAGGACAAAACAGUGAUGUUUGGAAGCGCCACAAUUACGUAUUUAAUUAUAAAAUAUCAACAAACUUAGUUUUUUUUUCUGCCAUAGUCAUAUAUGUAUGUUAAAAAAAAAAAAAACAAAAAAACAAAAAGAAAAUUAAACAUUAAAUAACAAUGUUGAGACUUUCUCAAAAAAUUAUUCCAUUUACGUUUGUUAGCAAAAAAAAUAAUAAUAAUUUUCAACUAGAUGCAAUUUAAAAUGUACCCCUGUCUAUUUACUUCAAAAGUAAUUUGGGACAUAAUCUCUAGAGACUUGUAUCCUAUUUUUAACGAUUACGAAUUAUUAUGUCACUUAAUUUAUUGCAAUAUUUUUUAAUAAAAAUAUCUCUUGUCAAUUAAAAUAAUAAAACAAACUCUUUUUAUUUUUAACCAUUCAAAAAUCAUCAAACCCUAAAUCAACUUGUGUUCUUUCUUCCAUCUUAUUCUCAUUUCCAUAUAGUUUCAAAAAAAAAAUACAUACUUAAAAAAAUCUUCAAAAAAUAUUUUUAUACUAAGAAAAAUCAACUUGGAAACUUCCUCUUUUAAUGUGAUUAUAUUAUAUUUAUAUAAAUACAAAAACAUUUAAAUUGCAUGUUUAAUUAUAUGAAUGUAAAAUAUAUUACCUUCUAACGCAUGUAUGCAUUAAAUCAGUUGUUUAACAGUGAAGCUAUCUGCAAUUUUUAAAUACGUAUAAAGAUUUCAAAGUCUUACAAAAAAAACAGUCAUAAAAAAACAAAAAGUUAAAUAAAAAAACUUUUCCCAGUUAAAAAAAAUACAUAAACAAAAGUACCCCAAAAUACGUAGGUGAAUUCGUACAAUUUCUUUUUCUGAAAAAAAAAAAACAAAAAAUAUGAAUUUUCUAUUGGUGUUUUUAAUAAUAAUAGUUAAAUAUAAAAACAAAAUCAUUUUUAAUUUAAAUAAAUAUAUAAAUAUAUAUUUAUGUAAUUAGUCACUAUCAAUAUUAUUUCAAUGCUUCAAAGCGAUAAGGGUGGGAUACAUUUUGAAAGUUGUUUAGCAAUAAUGAAAAUAAAAUAAAAAUAAGAUUUAAACAAAAACACACACAUAAACAUGCAAAAACAAAUUUAUAAAUAUUUAUAGUGUUUUAUAAGUGUAGUUGUUUUAGAGUAGGUGUAAUAAAAAAUAAAAAAAAAACUUAGUAUAUAUUAUAUUAUUAUUAGAAUAUAUUUUUAAGCUCUUAAUUAUAUAAUUCAAAAUUGUAAAAUAUACACCUGAAACUCACAUCUAGAAAAACACACAGAAUUAUUUUGUGGGCGAAAUAAAAAUUUUAUCUAUUUCGAACUUGUGUUCACACAGUUAAGCAUAAGCAUGAAAAAUAAAAUGAGAAUAUAAUAUUUAAACAAAAAAAAACAACAACAACAACAAACAAUUAAAUAUAAAUAACAUAAUAUUUUAUUUCGUGUAAAUUUUUACGAAGUUUUCCAAAUAAAGAUUAAGACACUUUACAAAUGUGCAAUGGAGUA